AUGUCCGGACGUUUUGCCACGUCUUCGGGCGACCAAUGUUAUGAUAACCUUCGAGUCUCGCGAAACGCCUGGGAUACCAACCUUCUCAAGGUCAACCCGAAGCAUAUCGCCGUGAACUGGGAAGCAGGUGGUGGUGGAGCCUUUGCGAUUAUUCCUCUGGAGGAACGCGGCAAGCUCCCGGAGCGCAUUCCUUUGUGCCGAGGUCAUACUGCGGUCGUAUUGGACACCGACUGGAACCCCUUCAAUGACGAUCUGAUUGCCUCAGGCUCUGAUGAUGGAAAGGUUUUCCUCUGGCGGGUUCCAGAGAACUUCACUGUCCGCCCCGAUGCCGAUGCCGAUGACAUCAAGGACCUCGCGCCUAUUGGCAAACUGAGCGGUCACCCUAAGAAGAUCGGCCACGUGCUCUUUAACCCCGCGGCAGAGAACGUGCUCGCAACGGCCUCGGGCGACUACACGGUGAAAAUUUGGGAUAUCGAGGCCGGCGCGCCCAAGCUCACCCUGAACAUCGGCGACAUCGUGCAAUCCCAGUCAUGGAGUGCCAACGGGUCCUUGUUGGUCACCACUUCUCGCGACAAGAAGCUCCGCAUUUGGGAUGUGCGCCAGGAGCGUCCGGCCCACGAAACCAAUGGCCACACUGGUGCCAAGAACAGCCGCGCUGUGUGGUUGGGAGAACGCGACCGCAUUGCGACCACCGGUUUCUCUAAGAUGAGUGACCGUCAGCUGGCCCUCUGGGAUAUCCGUGCCGUGCGUGAACCUAUCAAUGGGUUCAAGACCUUGGAUUCUAUCUCCGGUGUAUGCAUGCCCUUCUGGGAUGACGGCACCAACUGCUUGUAUCUGGCGGGACGAGGUGACGGCAACAUCCGUUACUUCGAGCUCGAGAACGACAAGUUCGAGUUCCUUUCUGAGCACAAGUCUGGCGACCCGCAACGAGGUGUUGCCUUCAUGCCAAAGCGUGGUGUGAACAUGCACGAGAAUGAAGUGGCUCGCGCUUAUAAGACCGUGAACGACUCUUACAUUGAGCCGGUUUCCUUCAUCGUUCCCCGUCGGUCUGAGAACUUCCAGGACGAUAUUUACCCCCCUACCACUGGCCUGGCCCCAGCUAUGUCGUCGUCCGAGUGGCUCAGUGGCAAGGAGGCAAUCCCUCCCAAGAUCUCUAUGGCCAGUCUCUUCGAUGGUGAGGGUCUCAAGGAGGUAUCUGGCGUGGAGGAUAAGCCCACUGGCGCUAUUGAUACCCCCACCCCCAAGGCCGCCGAACCCCCCAAACCCGUCGAGGAGCCCAAGAAGACCCCCGAGCCAGCUGCCCCCAAGGCGGCUCCCGAGCCUGUCCCAGAGCCUGUCCAUAUUGGACGCCCAGCUCCCUCUAUGAAGGAGCAGGGAGCUUCAAUGGCUGCCAUGGUAAACAAGUUCGCCGACGGUGAGGAAGAAGGCAACGUCUCAGAUGAUGAUAACUCCAGUUUCGAGGAGAUUCCUAAGCCAGUUGAGCGCGCCACACGUUCUCCCGUGGCUGAAACUUCUUCACCACGGGUUAGCAGCCCGUUGAGACCUAAGGAGGUUGAGACCAAGUAUCAACCCGCCACUACUAUCUCUACCCCAUCUUCCCCAGCUCCCGAAAUCUCCACUCCCCCAGCUGCCGUUCCUAAGAACGAUAUCGAAGAGAUCAAAAACCUCAUCGCUGAACAGACCAAGACCAUUGCAUCCCAGGCCUUGCAAAUGCAAACGCUGACUGCCGAGAUCGAGGCCUUGAAGAGUAAGAUGAACUAA